ACAACACCAUCUUGCAGGUGAAGAUCGGCUUCAGUUCAGUUCAGAGAUAUCGUUUCAGGUCGCUGCCACGCUCUUCAGCCUUCACUGGCAUCAACCCACCCACUGACGGGCUCCUUUGCAUGACCCCGAUAAUGAAAUUUUCUAAUGGAGAAUUAGCGAUGAGAUGAUAGAUAUGAUCUGACAUGAGCAUGUCACCGGCCAGUUUGCUCCCUCGGCCUAGAAGAAGAGGUGCUUCAUCUAAGCCGUCCAAAGCCGGGGCGAGCGGCCCAGAUCUCGCCACCACGGAACGGGGGCAGAGCUGCGAGUGGUGUGAAUAAUAAACAAGAGAACACAACACUGGGGCAUUCUUCCUCUUCCUCCGCCCUUCUCCCUCCCUGCCUGUUCGGCUUCGACUUCGACCCCGCGACGCCUCUAGCAGCAAGUGGGGCGGCGGCCGGCGGCGAUAUGAACACCUCCCUGAUCACCGGUGCCGAUCUUCCGCGAAACCUCCCCAUCCUCGUGCUCUGCUAGACAGAGAUCCGCGCUCUCCUCGGGUUGAUGCUGAGUUUUGAGCUGGGCAAUAGGCAUAUUACCUGUUGGCUCUCUCCUUGUACAAGCUAUAUUAAGCAAACCUGUUGAAGAAGACAUUACAUUGAAUCAUUGACUAAUCAAGAGGUUUGUUUUGUGAGGGCACCAUGUGGAGUUUUGCAUCAAAUGCCAUAGCUGGAAGCUUAAAGAAAAAGGUGCAGCCCACAAAAUGCAGCACAUCCAAUCCAGACUGUUCUGAUGAUGAAGUUUCUUCAUGUACAAGCAGAGAGGAAGGCCUUGAUUGUCCAAUAUGCUGGGAAUCCUUCAACCUUGUGGAGAAUGUUCCCUAUGUCAUGUGGUGUGGCCACACAAUGUGCAAGAACUGUAUCCUUGGUCUUCACUGGGCUGUUGUCAAGUUUCCUUCCCUUCCUAUCCAGCUGCCACUGUUCAUCUCAUGCCCCUGGUGCAAUCUGUUGUCUUUCCGGCUGGUGUACAAAGGCAACCUCAGGUUCCCACGCAAGAACUACUUUCUGCUCUGGAUGGUUGAGAGCAUGAAUGGUGAGAGAGCAAAGUUCCAUUCCACUAAUCACAAUGAACAUCAUUCCUCAUGGCAUUCCAGUGCUGGCCCAAGUUCCAGUCAUCACCACCGAAGAAAUGCUGUUAUCCGAGCAGAGAGCUCUUCUGGUAGAGAUACAAACUUCAUCCGUAACAUUUUCCACACUGACAACAUCAGUGCGUCCCUCCAAAAGCUCAUGGUGUGCUUCAUGCAGCUGACAGCCAAGUUUCCACUUGUGAUAAUCUUCCUGCUGAUAGUCCUUUAUGCUGUCCCUGCAAGUGCCGCUGUUCUGGUCCUGUAUGUCCUUGUGACGUUUUUGUUUGCGCUGCCAUCGUUUUUGAUCCUCUACUUCGCUUAUCCCAGCUUGGACUGGCUUGUCAGAGAGAUCUUCGCUUAAUUUCGACAGCACAAUCAUAGAUCCCUGGUACAUGAUAUGUCAUAUAUGGUAUUCCAUGGCGACAUGCCUACGUGGACCCUGUAUAGUUUCUUCUGAUUUCAUGUCCUUUCUUUUCUGGCCUUCUGUGGCCCCUUAUUCUGAUGUAACUGUAUCUAUUUAUUAAAAAUGAUCGGCAACAUUUUUAUUUGUGGUUCUAGAUGUGUUUGUUCUGCUUGAACGUGUUCCAUGAAUUUUGAAUUGUCCUUUUCUCUGUAA